CUUCCCAAAAAACAUAAUAGAGAUCGUUUUAAAUAUAUUUAAGUAAAUUUUAGAACAGUUAGUUAUAAUGUUUAUAAUGUUGUUUUUUUAAGUUUGAUUUGAACAAAAUGGCGGAUCAACGGCGACGAAUAUCCCAACAAGAACUCAACAACAAUUUCAUGCAGUGGGUAGUUGGACCAAAUAACCACUGGGCUCGAAACUUUGGUUUCCAAUACCAAUUAGGACACCAACAAGCCAAUCGGAAUAUUUGGUAUAUCCCACCACCGCCAGUAGCUCCGCCUGCAGCUCCGCCUAUGAUGCCACGAGCAGCUGAACGUGCAGCUCUGAUGAUGCCUCCACCACCACCACCGCCACUAGCGAAUCCAGCUGAAAAUUCCCCAGGACAUCAACGAGAGAAUCCACCAGCAAAUUUGCCAAUGGAUUCGCCAGCUAAUCCACCAGAGUUUCCUCCAGUCGAUUUGCCAGCAAAUUCCCCAGGACAUCAGCGAGAGAAUCCACCAGAGCUUCCUCCAGUGGAUUUUCCAGCUAAUCCACCAGAGCUUCCUCCAGUGAAUUUGCCAGCAAAUCCCCCAGGACAUCAGCGAGAGAAUCCACCAGAGCUUCCUCCAGUGGAUUUGCCAGCUAAUCCACCAGAGCUUCCUCCAGUGAAUUUGCCAGCAAAUCCCCCAGGACAUCAGCGAGAGAAUCCACCAGAGCUUCCUCCAGUGAAUUUGCCAGCAAAUCCCCCAGGACAUCAGCGAGAGAAUCCACCAGAGCUUCCUCCAGUGAAUUUGCAAGCAAAUCCCCCAGGACAUCAGCGAGAGAAUCCACCAGAGCUUCCUCCAGUGAAUUUGCCAGCAAAUCCCCCAGGACAUCAGCGAGAGAAUCCACCAGAGCUUCCUUCAGUGGAUUUGCCACCAAAUCCGCCAGUGGAUUUACCAGCAAAUCCGCCAGCGAAUUUACCAGCAAAUCGGCUGGCAAAUCCAACAGCGAAUUUGCUUGAAAAUCUACCAGAAAAUCCAGCAAAUCUGCCAGCCGAUCUGCGAGGAUAUAUGCCUGAGAAUCCACCAGCAAAUCCACGAGGAUAUUUUCUAGAGAAUCCUCAUGCGAAUUUUCAAGCAAAUUUGCCAGCAAACCUGAUGUUCAAUUCAGCAGGAAAUUUUCUGGCAAAUCCACCAGGAAAUUGGCCAGCAAAUUUACAAGUGAAUUGGCCAGGAAAUUCACAAGUGAAUUGGCCAGGAAAUUCACAAGUGAAUUGGCCAGGAAAUUCACAAGUGAAUUGGCCAGGAAAUUCACAAGUGAAUUGGCCAGGAAAUUCACAAGUGAAUUGGCCAGCAAAUUCACAAGUGAAUUGGCCAGCAAAUUCACAAGUGAAUUGGCCAGCAAAUUCACAAGUAAAUUGGCCAGAAAAUUCACAAGGAAAUUGGCUGCCAAAUUUACAAGCAAAUUGGCUUACAAAUUCACCAGAAAAUUGGCUGGCAAAUCUACCAGGAAUUUGGCUAGCAAAUCCGCAAGCAAAUUGGCUAGCAAAUCGACCCGCAAAUUUGUUCGAGAAUCCACCAGAGAAUAUUCCAGCAAAUUUGCCAGACAAUCCGCGAGGAUAUCAGCCAGCAAACGUGCCAGCUAAUCCGCCAGCAAAUCCACCGGCAAAUGUGCCAGCUAAUCCAUCAGAAAAUUUACUAGCGAAUGUUCCACUGGAAGAUCUUCCACUUGUGCCGAGAAACUCGCAAAGUAUGUCGUCUGGCUUGAGUGCUGACGAUAUUGCAGCUCAGUGGCAACUGCGACCAAAUUCGUCGGUUGGACCUACUGUCACUUCUGGAUCCAGUCGUCGCCACUUCGCAGGUGGUAUAGGUCAUCGCAAUAAUAGAGGGCGUGGUAAAGGGCGUAGCAGAGGACGUGGCAGAGGACGUGAAGGAUAG